AUGAACAAAAUGAACACACCAAUGGAAUUUCACAAGAAUAGUAACUCAGCGUUCUUGAAGGGGCUGGCAGCGAUCAGUAUGACGAUCUUCGCAUCCUUCUACCUGGUCAAGUUGUGGUACCUCAUCGCCCAAAACCAAGUACCUAACACCACUGUCACUGACUUGGCGGUCACUCACGAACACCUAUACGGUACUGCAGUUGCCGAUUAUGAUGAAUUGGCCAAGAGAGGUAUCAUUACCGAUGUUAUUGGAUUCUUCACCGAUGCUGCUAACAGUUUCUUAACCACCUUUGCUAAUGUUGCUGGUUACUGGGGUAAGAGGGCAUGUGACUACUUGCCUAUGGCCAUGCUAUUCGGAAUUCCAGCCAUUGCAACCGAUGCAGUUGCUUGUAUUGGUCUAUCUUUGGCUUCUCUAGUUUUGACAGCUAUCGCGCUCAUCGUUGGUACCGUUGGACAAAUUAUUGUCGGUUUGGGAAGUGAUUCUUCUUCUUCUUCUUCUUCAAGUCAUGCAACCCUACCUGAAGGUAUAACCAUGUUAGGUGCUGCUAGAAGAUCUCUACAAGCUAGAGAAGUUCUACAACACGGUCAAUUAGACAGUUUCAUCAGCUCUUCUCUCCCAGGUUUCACUCCUAGCGAAGAGAUUAACAGAAGUGUCCAAGAAAGUCUAAACAACGGCAAGUUGCUCAUUCUACCAACAGUCCUCUUUGCAGGUGUUAUUGGUGAUUCUCAGGGCGGUUCCGAACAAGCUGUAUGGGGUAUUGAACAUGCUGACCACUUCUCUGUUACCUUCACUGAACCAGGUGGAAAGGACGCUGCUUUGGCUGGUCUAUCCAAGUCUGUUCCUCAAGGUGGUGAAGCUUUGUGGCACUCAUACUCUGUUAAGGGCGCUGAUGUUAGUAAGGCUGCUGACAUCUUUACAAGACGUACUAGUAUUCUAAGCGGUGGUCUCGCAAGUAUCCAAGGCGCUUUGAACUUGAUUACAGAAACUGCAGGUUCAGGUAGUCCUCUAUCUGCUGCUGCCGAAGGUGUCUGUCUUGCUGCAGGUGGUACUAGUGGUACUGUCCUCGGUCAAUUGUACACCAACAGCUACGGAUCUGUUGACAGCAGAUGUUUGAACCCAGCUGGAUGGUCUGCUUAG